AUGGACCCAGCCGCAAAUCUGCCUUCUGGUGACACUGCCAGCACAACUCCAAUAGCCACCCCGUCCCACCUUCUUAUUCUACCUAAUGAGGUGCUCGGCAUGAUCGCUUACGAGUGUGAGUCAGCAGAUCUGAAGAAUAUGUGCUUAGCUUCAAGACUGAUGCACCAAGUCGCCACUGAACCGUUCGCGCGCAACAAAUUUUCUCGUCGUCGUUUCAUCUUCACCUACCAGAGCAUGGAGGCAUUGGUUGAUAUCACUGCUCAUCCAGUCUUUGGACCUCAUCUUACGUGCAUCACGUUCGGCACUUAUCGUCUGACGCCUGACGAUGACNGACACGCUGGACCAGUACAAANNUCUUGCGAGUAUGACGAUCGGUGCGUCCGUUAUGAUAUGGUCGCAGCAAUGCACAGCGCGUUCGUGAAUGCGCAUCACCAUGUCAAGAUGCUGAUCUUGGCCCUCCAAAACCUGAGAAAAUGUCAAAACACCAGUGUCGUUCUGGGGGCUCACGAUGACUUCGGCUACGGAGAAGCAGUACGUCGGGGGUUGGGUUUUGAAGAUUCCUAUGAAGGUUUCAUGCUCUAUGAUCACCACGCCAAUGGGACAGUCUAUGCGGUGUUGGCAGCCGAGUCGCGUAGCGGAUACCCACUCCGAGCAUUGCGACUGGAUCUCUUCCUGUUGGAAUCCGAGCCCAUAACUCUUGCCAACGGCGACGAGAAUGAUGUUUUUGGUUUACUGCUAUCUGAGAAGAAGAUGAACCUUGACAUCAACAUCUCAUCACCAGAUAUCAAGGCCGAACUGAAAAUAUCGUCAAAUUUUACUUGCCUAGAAUUGUCUGGACACUCUUUCUGUCCAUGGGGUACCGGAGAUACUCUCUUGCGCUUCGACAACAGCGAGUACGGGCGGAUCUUGUCCUGCAUAGAGUCAAGUCCACUCCAAACCAUCACCAUCAAGGCUUCGGAUGCUAGUUAUACUGAGCUUGUUCAAUUUAUCGAGAGCUACGACAGUACACUGAGGACGCUCGAGCUCCGUGAGAUCGAUAUGAUUGCUGUCGAUGAUCCCAAAGCUUUGGCUCUGCAAUUUCUCGACUUCUUGAAGGCCAAGCUAAACUUGACUUACCUAUCGAUACACAAGUUUCGAGUGGGAGCUCACCUUAUGAUACCAAUGCAGNGGAAGAUGGUGUGUGAGAGACAAAUGGAGGUUGUGGAGGAGCUGGACCGAUUCAUCGAAGAAGUCAGCGAGCACGAUCGGGAGCAACAUCCAGACGAGUCUGAUGCUGUCUAUGACUCUGGUGUUGAUUAUCACUCUGGCGACUGA